CUACAUUUUCUCCCUUGUCGUGUCUUCCCUUGCUGAGCGGAGGGAAAAAAAGGAGGGUUUCUUCCUCCCUUUGGAUCCCCAAAUCUAGGGUUCGUUCGCUCUUUUAGAUUUGCAGAUCUAGUAGAUCGACCGUCGAGUCUCUCCAUUUUUUGAGCUGUUCAGGGUUCUGAAUGAUGGACAACCAGCACAGUUUUUGGCAACUGGGGGACGAGCUUCGUGGAAUAUCUAAGGCUUCAGAGGAUCACCAGUGGUUUAUGGCUGCGACUAAACUCGCUGAGCAGAUGAGGUCAAAGGGCGAAAGGAUGAACAAUCUUGAUCUUUCAAAAUCCUCUGUGGAAACAAGGCCAAGAGAGAGAAGCGGGUUUCAGGAAGACAACAAGUUUGACAACUUUAAUUUUAGCAUGCUCAGUUUGGACUCCAAAAUGAACGAAACCCUGAACAAGAGUUCUUUUCGGAGUGGCAUUUAUAAUUUGAACGCCGUGUACCAGAAGAGCAAUGGAAACAAUAUUGGAAACAUGAACUUGACAGUUGGCAAUAGCAAGUAUGGCAACAAUAAUCCUACCAACAAAGAGCUCAACAACAAUAACAGCAACAACAAUGACAACAACAAUAACAAUAAUAAUGCUGUCGACAAAAGAUUCAAGACCUUGCCUUCAACAGAAACACUUCCACGGAAUGAGGUCCUUGGAGGAUACAUAUUUGUGUGUAACAACGACACAAUGCAGGAAGAUCUGAAGCGGCAACUAUUUGGCCUACCACCGAGGUACAGAGAUUCUGUUCGAGCAAUAACACCUGGAUUACCCCUCUUUCUCUACAACUACACUACUCAUCAACUACAUGGGAUAUUUGAGGCAGCAAGUUUUGGGGGAUCUAACAUUGAUCCAACUGCUUGGGAAGAUAAAAAAUGUAAAGGAGAAUCAAGGUUUCCUGCUCAGGUGCGAAUUCGUGUUAGGAAGCUUUGCAAGGCAUUGGAAGAAGAUGCUUUCAGGCCGGUUUUGCAUCACUAUGAUGGCCCCAAGUUUCGUCUUGAGCUCUCUGUUCCGGAGACAUUGGCCUUGCUAGAUUUGUGCGAACAGGGAAGCAUAUGAAUUUGUCGUGGGUACUAUUGAUUUUCCAUGUCUUGGAAAUGCAAGGACUAGCAUAUCAACUUGGACACAUGUAUUUGGUCUGUAGUGUAUUCCGCAUCUGUGCUUUCUCAGAUUUUCCAAUAAGCGUAAGCUUAGGAGGUGAGUCUGUUGGGUUCAGUUGGAUGUAUUGGGAAGGUACCUCAGAAUGUAGGUACAUCUUUUGUUAUAUUAUAAUGUUAUGUUGUAAACAGAGCAGAAAGUCGAAAAAGUACCCUUUGAGUGUGUAAUUUCAAGGCCCAAGAGGAGAUGGAGUUCAAAAAAAAGAAAAGAAAAGGCUUUGAUGUGUUUAUCAUUUACCAGUUGGUGUUUAUUUUGUACGUGGACCUUUCUAUGUUUUGACUGCUAUGUUCUUACUUCUUACAGAUAAAGAGAAAGAUAUGCCCUCUAUUAAGUUCUCGUUCA